UUUGCAUCCUCUUUCUUUCCGCGAAUAACGUUUUUCGAGUCGCAUGCUUCUUGAGUUUCAGCCUGAUUUAAGUGAACCAAAAUGUCCGAGGAAGUAGUCGAGGCUAACAACCAGGAGGUGGAACAGGUACAGCCGCAGCCGCAGGAUGAGGAGAUCUGGGAGGAAGAGGCCCCGACCACAAUGCCUGCCCAGCAGGCUGAAUGGCCGGAAAUUAAGUUAUUUGGCCGUUGGGCCUGCGACGAUAUCUCGAUAAGCGAUAUCUCGCUGCAGGACUACAUUGCCGUCAAGGAGAAGUUUGCUCGCUAUUUGCCGCACUCAGCAGGACGCUAUGCGGCCAAGCGAUUCCGCAAGGCCCAGUGCCCCAUUGUUGAGCGCCUCACCAGCGGCCUGAUGAUGAAAGGUCGCAGCAACGGCAAGAAGCUGCUCGCCUGCCGCAUCGUCAAGCACGCCUUUGAGAUCAUCCACCUGCUGACCUCGGAGAAUCCGCUCCAGGUCACCGUGAAUGCCAUCGUGAACUCUGGACCGCGCGAGGACUCCACUCGCAUCGGACGCGCCGGCACCGUGCGUCGUCAGGCGGUGGAUGUGUCGCCCUUAAGGCGCGUGAACCAGGCAAUUUGGCUAAUAUGCACUGGAGCUCGUGAGGCGGCUUUCCGUAAUAUCAAGACUGUGGCCGAGUGUCUGGCCGAUGAACUGAUAAACGCUGCCAAAGGAUCUUCCAACUCUUACGCAAUCAAGAAGAAGGACGAACUCGAGCGUGUGGCCAAAUCAAACCGUUAAAAACCGGCUAAUUCUUAAUUCAUACGAAUUGAAACCCCAGUACAUCAGUUGUUAUGUAAUCAUUUCAUAUUCGUUCUAAAUACAAUGAUUGUAUUUUAAA